AUGUUCGAAGUGGUAGAACGCUUCGGAAAUGCGGAUUCAAUCCCCCUUGGGAUGGAUAUCGCCGACGAUAAAUCGUGUCUCAAUCGGUACCCGUUGAAACUGUUUCUGGGUCCGGGCUUGACUCCUGAUGGGGAGGAGGGGUUUUUACGGCAUUUGAGAAGGUGGAAUUUGCAGGCUGUGUAUCAGGCAAUCGAGACAGCUGCGUGGAGAGACAUUCUGGUAUCGUAUGUUCAAACUACUGAGGAUAUGUCGGUGUCGAUAGAUUGGCAGAAAUGGAUGAUAGGGGAGGUUGAGGCGGAGGGGAGGGAGGUGCAGACCUUUCAGCUGGAGACGGGACACUACUCUAUGAUUACGAUGGUGGAUGAGGUGGUCUAUAUUCUCAAGGAGAUUGUGAAGAGGGACCGGGUUGGUCAGAUCUGGUUGAUCGACUUGGCAGAAACAUCGCCUCCAUCGGUUCAUCUGGACGGAUUUGAUAUUACACUUGACGCUACACCACCGUCUAAAUGGCUGCCUGACAACAUGACGCUCCAGCACUGGGAUGUUCGGACCGAGCCCCCACGCGAGUGGAUGGGCACAUACGACGUCGUGCACAUUCGACUGUUCGCUCUAGUUUUUGACGAUCGCCAACUGUCCUCUCUCUUGAAGAUAUUAAGAAAGCUGCUGAAACCAGGCGGCUAUCUCCAGUGGGCCGAAGUCGACAUGUCAUCCUGUCGCAUCGAGAAGACACACUCAUCCAGCAAAGUUGACGCAAUGAUCGAGCUCUUGAGGCACUGUAACAAAGAAUACAUCAAAGAGGAAUGGAGCUGGUGCCCGAAACUCCCGGAUAUGUUCCUGCGGGAAGGAUUCGAAAAUAUCCGGCAGCAUAUCUGGGAAACGCCGUCCCACCUGCUAACUCCGACUCACGAAUGUAGUCUCUUCCUUUUAGACUCAUGGGUACGUAGGAUGAUGGGUGGCACAGGCCAGGGAGCCAAAUACAGGGCCCUAAUUCAGCAGGUCGAAAGAGAGGCUAGUCAGAGCUCUGUUUGGAAGUUCACGAGGUGGACAGUGCUUGGUAGGAAGCCUUUCAAAGACACCAGUGUUGAGGGAUUUGAGACGAUCCCUUUUGAUAAGGACGCUCAUCCAGGUUCCCCUUUUAUCAGUAUUUGUCAGCAGUCUAACCCAGAUAGGAAGCCUCUUGAGAAGGUGGAUGCAGCCCCUUUUCCUAUCCACAGUAGAGAUUAA